CGAUCAUUUGUCGGAUUUAAGCGUGGCUACAUCAGCUUUUGUGCAGUUGUCUUGAUGCUGCAUCGUGUCCAUUAAUUUAAGGCAGCAAUAACAGUAAAGUUGCGUCAGCGCAGACAGCUUUUAACGACGACGGGAGAGCCUGCUGGUGUUGCUUGUUGCACUAGCGUGACUCGCGCAUAGCCAGCGUCAGUCAUUUAGUUUAGAUUACGCUGCGUUGUCUGGUUAGGGGUCUUGACUCAUGACUAUGACUGCAGAAAAACAGACAGGCGGAGGACAACACAUAAUGGAGGGUGAAGACAUCACACCAAAGAAAGAUGGGGGCGUUUUAAAGCUGGUCAAAAGGGAAGGAACAGGCUCAGAGCUGCCCAUGACGGGUGACAAAGUGUUUGUUCAUUAUGUGGGCACACUUCUGGAUGGGACACACUUUGACUCCAGCAGAGACAGAGGAGACAAGUUUUCCUUUGAGCUGGGCAAAGGGCAAGUGAUAAAGGCAUGGGAUAUCGGCGUGGCCACAAUGAAAGUGGGAGAGUUGAGCCAGUUUGUUUGUAAACCAGAGUAUGCAUAUGGAUCUGCAGGCAGCCCACCAAAGAUACCUCCCGAUGCCACUCUUAUUUUUGAGGUGGAACUGUUUGAAUUUCGAGGAGAGGACAUAACAGAAGAUGAGGACGGAGGAAUCAUUCGGCGUAUUAUCACUAAAGGAGAGGGUUAUUCCAAGCCCAACGAAGGAGCAGUUGUGGAAGUCACUGUGGAGGGUACCUGUGAUGAGCGUGUUUUUGACCAGAGAGAACUAAAGUUUGAGAUUGGAGAUGGAGACAGUUUUGGUUUGCCAGCUGGUUUGGAGAAAUGCAUCAUGGCCAUGGAGCAGGGAGAAGAGGCACUCUUCACAAUCAAGUCUAAAUAUGGCUUUGGAAAUGCUGGAAGUGAAAAGUAUAACAUUCCUGGUGGAGCAACACUGAAAUACAAGAUAAAGCUGACAGCCUUUGAGAAGUCGAAGGAGUCAUGGGAAAUGAACACUGUAGAAAAGCUGGAGCAAAGUAGUAUUGUCAAAGAGAAAGGAACACAGUAUUUUAAGGAGGGAAAAUACAAGCAAGCAUCUGUUCAGUACAAAAAGAUUGUUUCUUGGUUGGAGCAUGAGUCUGGCCUGUCCGAAGAGGAUGAAAAGAAAGCAAAAGCGUUGCGGCUAGCUGCGCACCUGAACUUGGCCAUGUGCUACCUUAAAAUGCAGGAACCAAACCAAGCUUUAGAGAACUGUGACAAGGCACUCGAAAUCGAUUCCUCCAACGAGAAAGCUUUGUUCCGAAGAGGGGAGGCGCUGUUCUGUAUGAAAGAGUUCGACAGCGCGAGAGACGACUUCCAGAGAGUUGUUCAGCUCUAUCCUGCCAACAAGGCUGCAAAGAGUCAGGUGCUCCUGUGUCAUAAACGUAUGAAAGAGCAGCACGAGAAGGACAAACGGAUCUAUGCCAACAUGUUCCAAAAGUUUGCAGAGAGGGAUUCGAAGAAAGAAGCAGAGAAGGUGAAGACUGACGACAAAGAGAACGGCGAUGAAGAAAUGGAGGUGGAAAAUGGGGAAAAGGAAACAGCGAGUGAGGCGAAUUGAUGUGAUCUCGUUGUGAUUCAACUGUAAUUAGACUUUUAUAACUGGCCGUUUGUGUUUUAAGGUGUGAUCUUGUGUGUGUGUAUAUAUAAAAAUGUAUAUGAGUGAGAGUGGCUGAGAGCACUGACCUUGGGCGUGUCUUUUGACCUUUCGUUGUGUCCGAGCUCUCUGGUGUGGCAGCUAGCUGAGUGAGGGGGGGCUUCCUCAGUUGAUGGCACUAUGGGAUAUGGAUUUAUUAAAUGAAUUGAGUGCCAUUACCCCAGCUCUGAACCCUUUUAGCCCACAGCUUGGAUCUGUGCAUGUUGAUUUUUUACAGAAGUGAGUUGGAACAAAAGUGCAUCCCAGGUGUUGCGUGCAGAAUUUCAAACCACCUCACCCAUAAAGGGCUAGACCAUCCAUUUUCCCCUGCACCACCUCCUGUCCUACUGCCCUCCUCAUUUUUGCUGUCCAUCUAAGCCUCCACUCAUGGGCCUACUGAUCAAUUCCUAGAGCAGUGAUGGCUGUGUGUGUUGAUCUGGUGUGUUUUGAAUGUUAGUGCCUGUGUCCUAAAGUAUGUACGUAGCAGCACUGUGGACUGGCAGAUUAAUAAACCUGGAAUAGUUCAAACUUCGAGCCACUUUCAGCUUAAAACGUGGAGCUCUUAAAACCUCUAGGGUACAGGACUGUUCACUUUUUUUUUUUCCUUUGGAAGUAUUGGCUUUGUACUUGUUUUUCUUUCUUAGUGUUGUGCUUGUGAUUUCUGUAUUGUUCUCAAACACGUUUAAAAAAAUUGAUUACUCAACGAAAACGUGCUUAAGUUCUGUUCAUUUUAGUAAACGGUGCCUACAGGGACAAAAAUUAAAUAGAUGUCUAAUUUUAAGACCAGCUUUUGAGUUUCUUUGUUGAGAAAAAUCACUGCUUGAUUUGUCUUGACAGAAGGAUAUAAUAAACUGUAAUUAUACAAUAAA